AUGGCUGACAAUGAGUUGAUUGUCGCCGCGGCAGCCCUACUGGUGUCAGUAGUAGCCCUCACGGCCACCUUUAUGCAGGUUCUUCAGCAGUACUAUGCCUCGGCACGAGGAUACUCACAAUGCAAUGAGAAAGUCAUGGGGGAAUGGGCCAAGUCGAAAUCAAGAAAGUUCUCCUGGGAGGAGCUUCGGUACGAAGUUCAAUUCGAUGCGCCCGUCAUAUUUGUUGCACCUCCAACCAACGACAGAGGGCCUGUCCCGGACGCCGACAUUUUCUACUUGAAAGGGACAAAGAAGAGCUUGGAAGAGACAGGUACCACUUCGGAGGUUGAUCUGCGCAAGGCGUAUGCAAUGAGGUCACUCAAGGAGCGGAUUCACACCGCAGAUAAUGAGCGUGCUUCAUGGCUGGUGUUACUUCUGGCCGUGCAAAAGAUGGAGGGCAUGUCUCGAGACUGGCAGGAGAAGCAGUAUCGAGAUCUCGGUCCACCAAGUAGGACGACGUUUGAAGGCUACUCUUUGCCAUCUGAACCCCCUACUUUGGACCAAGCCCACACCUUUACCGUCGCGCUGCAGCGAAAACGCAAAAGCUGGGAUACAAUGCCCACCUCUGUCACGAAACCGUAUGGCACGACGACAAUGUGUCACAUGGUUGAGAUGAUGGCUGGCCUGGGCGUAUACUGGAAGGAAUUCGAUCGAAAGCGAGACAGAUACCGCGCCGAAGGCAAUGGUUUUGUCGUCCUUGGCGAACGAAUGAGCGAGCUCGGUCUCAUCUUCUCCUUCCAGGUGUACGGCAAAUGUCUUUUCGAAUGGAAUCGCGUCAUCCCAGUCGACGAUGUGAAAGAACUCUGUUUCGGAUACGUCCCUACCAUCUACCGAACAAUGCUAGACCAUAGUCGCUUGGAGUCUCCAAAUAAUGAAUUGCAUACCUUGGGGACGUUGCAGAUGUCGAGUAGGAAGGAAAUGGGACGGACUCUGGGGCUUCUCGGAUGCAGCAACAAGGCCGUAACGUUUUACACCAAUGAAGAAAACAGGACUUACCAUUUGUUUCCAGUGUCGUUUGAGAUCCUGGGUAUGCUGAGCCGCAAUUUCCACAUCCCGCAUAGUAGCUUCACGUACAUACCAAACCCAACAUCAGAUCGCUGGGAUAAGCGAUCAUUUUCCCUGGUCAAACUAAUGGAAUCCUUUCGAGUUCUGUCCGAGUAUGAGCCACCCAAUACAAACCGAAACUGGACAAUCUACUCCAGAAUCACGCAUCACAUUGCGCAAAUCCUGCAUUUCCAGGAUGAUGGAAAGACUCCGAAUCGCCUACUACUCCACGAGGCACUUGAAGCUGCUCUGGGGGACUGUGAAGAGAUCCUUACUGCAAAGAGUAAAAGUAAAGAAAAAAGUGGUGUACCGCUGGGAUCACGCCAGCCUCUCAUCGACACCCAGACGCAAAACAAACAAAACAGACGACGCGAGAUCGUUCUAGACGUGUUGCGAUCUCAUAUCCAAGAGGUGCUACAGCUGCUUAACAGGCCCGACGAGCGCCCCUCGGAUACAUUGUCGUUAUUGGCCCCGGCCAUGGGGCCUGUCUCUCCCCGAGCGUCGAGAUAUCGUGAGCGAACUUCUCCUCGCUUUGAAGACGUGGAUGCUUGUGGACCGGACGAAAAACAGCACAGAUUAAUGGAGGUGUAUUGCGAGGUGAUUCGGACACACGUCGUUGCAAAUGCAACUCAUAGUACGGAGCGGAGAGCGAGCGACGCAGGCCCUGAAACCUUCGCAUUUCGUCGGCGAGGCAGCGUUGCAACCCAUUCCAGCGUCGCAGUUGAGUCUGAUAUCGGAGCGGAUGAACCGGCUACUACAAUCCGUGCCAGCGGCAUUGAUUCUGGCCGACUUUCGAUAUCUAACCAGCCGGUGAACGGCGGGGUAGCACAUACGACGGUAUCGAAUUCGAAGAGCCAUGGCAGGGACGUCGACAAUAGCACUCCAUUGUCGGACGAGCCUGUGUCCCAUGAUGAUGUUUGGUGCACCCUGAUGUUCAAGAUGAUGUGUUGGUUGAUGUUGCAUGAUUUUAACCCGGAAGACAUCCAAUUGAGCAAAAGCGAACUGCUCGGCAGUCGAAUGCCUGUGUAUAUUGCAUAA